AUGCGUUUCACCAGCAUCAUCGCCGCGGCCUUCGCCGUCGUCGCCACCGCCGCCCCCACCACCGCUGUCGAGCCCCGCGGAAACGUCAACCUCGCUGCGCUCAACAACCUCCAGGGCUUCAACAACUUGGACCUCAACUACCUCCUCGCUCUCAACCAGCUCAACCUUGGUGGCCUUAACCAGCUCGGCCAGGUCAACAACUUGAACCUCGCCGCCUUCCAGGGCCUCUUCGCAUCCCAGAACUUCGACCUCAACGCCCUGCUCCAGCUGCAGCAGCUGUCCACCCUUCUUGCCAUCCAGCAGCAGGGCCUCUUCAACAACAACAUCAACCUCGCACAGUUGAACUUCGGCGCCCUGAACUUUGGCUUGAUCAACAACCUUGGCGCCAUCAACCUCGGCCAGUUCAUCGACCCCAACCUGAUCGGCCAGAUCACCCAGGUUGUCCAGCAGUCUUCCGUCGUCCUCGUCGGAAAAUAA